AUGGCAUCUGUGCCGUUCAAACCAAACCCGGCCCGUCACCCGUUUCUACUAUCAUUAACUCCCUACCCAAACCCGUUGCCCGAUCAAAAAACGCACAUCCCAAAUGCCGAUCGCAAAUUGACGACAAAACCUAAACUUGCGAUUUUCGCCUUUCGAGAUUUCGAGCCUCUCUCUGUCACCCGCGAGCGGCGCCGGCGAGCACCGACCACUCUUCCACCUCCGGCCGCCGUCCGUCCUCAAGACUCAAGUUCAAGUUCUACCAGCCUCUCCAUCUCAGGCUUUCAGGCACACUCUUCAGAGAAGUCUGUGCAGUUACAAGCCUCAAAAAUGGCCCUAUUUUGGUACUUUGAGAAGACUACAAUUGAUUAAAUCUAUCAUAUAUAGCAUGCAUAACUACUGGGGGAGCAUUUGGGCCUGCCAUAAAAGAUUAUCGAAUUUGUGGAAAAAACGUAUGCAGGAACUACUUGUGGUCUGGAGAACCAAAUAGCCAUAAGAAGUCUAAAGUGGCUUCGUCUACUGGAUGUUCUCCUAAAGAUUGUGGCGGUUUGGGUCUACAGAAUAUGGAAUUUUUCAAUAAGGCUCUGAUGAUUAAGAAUAUUCAGGCUAUUGUUCUCAAACCCGACUCUAUUUGGGUGGGAUGGGGUCAUGGUUUUUAUUUAAAAAAAUAUGAUUUCUGGUCCCUUGAAAUCAAGAGUAAUUUUUCUUGGGUUUUCAGAGAGUUUUUGAAGCUCAGAGAAUUGGCUUUGUUAUACAUUGAUAGCUCUGUUUGGGUGUUAGCUAUGAAGGUGUGAAACCUGCUUUUAGUGCCUCCGCUACAUAGGCAACUAUUAUUGGUAAUAUGGAAAGGAAGCAAUGGGUCAAACUCGUUUGGACCAGGUAUACCAUUCCUAAGCAUGCAUUCAUUUCUCAGAUUGUAUGUUUAAACAGAUUACCUACUCGAGAUAAACUCAAAACGGUAUGGCACUCUUGAAGAUGGCAUAUGCCCUGUAUGUGAGACGAAGGCGGAAAAUAGGGAUCAUUUGUUUAUAGAACGUCUCUUUAGUUCUCAGCUGUGGACCAAAGCCAUGAAGUUUGUUCAAAUCAAUGAUGCUACUGUCCAAAGGAAUGAUGCUGUUAUUUGGAUGGAGCAGAAUUGGAGUAGUUCUGCUAUUAAUUGCAUCAAACAUGCAGCUACAGUUUCGUGCAUAUAGAUCUGGAUUGCGAUAAAUAGUGCGGUUUUCCAGAACAAGAGACUGUAUUGGAGGAUUGCUUAAAGAUUUUUUAACAUGAAGUUAAAUUUUAGUGCAGUCGAAUUCAGAGGCUCCAAAGAUCCAAGAGUAAUAUGCAAGCAUGUGCUGCCAUGCAUAUAGAGUUGGAGUUUCUGUCGAAGAAAGGAAAACUUUGGAGUCUUUUGUAGUUUCUUUUGUGUGCAGGCUCUCCUAACUGGGUUCUGUGUUAUAACUGCUUUUAUGAGAGGAUUUUGGUUAUUUUU